AUGUAUAGAAGUUAGAGAUUGAGAAUGAAAUCAUAAAAUCAUUUGUCAAUUUCCCCUCCAAUAAUAAAGAGAAGAUUAAGAAACAAGAAUGAAUAUAUAGAGAUGAAUGAAAUCGAACCAACUGAUAAAAAAAAAUAGAACACUUUAUAGGACAUAGCAGCAACAAAAUAAAAGAGUUUAACUAAUUUUGCUUUAACAGUUACACCAAAAUAUGGAUAAGAUAGAGAUUAUGAUGAUGAUGAUGAUAUUCUAUUUCAUGUAAUAAAUUUGAGUAUGAAAUUAGUCUAAAGGAAAAAAGAGACCAUGGUCUGAAUAGGAAGACAAUUUAUUGAUUAAAUUAGUUUAAAUGCAUGGUCCUUAGAAAUGGACAUUCAUUGCUGAACAUUUACCAGGAAGAAUAGGUAAAUAAUGUAGAGAGAGAUGGCAUAAUCAUUUGAAUCCUUAGAUAAAGAAAUCUCAUUGGGGAGAUUAUGAAGAAUGGAUUCUAUUUCUAUCACAUAGAGUUAUGGGAAAUAGAUGGGCUGAAAUGGCAAAAUAAUUAAUGGGAAGAACAGAUAAUUCUAUAAAAAAUCAUUGGAAUUCAGCUAUGAAAAAACGUAUACCUGAAAUGGAGGAGAGAUUAAAAGAUAUUCGUAAAAGAGGAGGUAUAAUAUAGUAUAUUUAUUCUUUAGGAAUGUAAAAUUCUGAACUCAUGAAUUCAUUUACUUCUUUAGAAAGAUAACUACUUUAAAAAUUGUUCUCUUCAUAAUAAAAUGGACAAAUGUCUCCAAGAUCUUAUUCCCCUAACAAUAUUCCAAGACGAAGAACUAAUAAAUAAUAAAAUUAUUUAAAUCCAAAUUCAGUAAAUUCAUACAUUUAGAAAAUGAUGAAUGAAAUUAAAAUAGACGGAAUUGAGAGUUAUUCAAUGGAAAAUAAAAUGUUAAAGAAAACUGCUAAAAUAGCUGACUCCAUUUUUUGGAAUGAAGAUAAAGUAGAUGAUAUAUAAAACAAUUUAUAUGAAUACAUUUAAGAAAAAGUUGGUGCACAUGGAUAUGAUUAAGAUGAAAAGGUGGAUAGAUGGAUAAAAAACUUUUGGAUUAUGUGUCAAGACGUUUUUACUGUUUCUGUUAUCAAAGACUUUUUAUCAUAAAGACCUUCAUUUUAUUAUAAUUAUUUGCAUAAAUAUAAAUAGGAUAGUGCUACUUAAGUUUCAAAGAAUUUGAGUAGAAUUUAUGAGCAAACUAAUAAUAGUGAUGAAUAUUAAUUGCCUUCACUUAAUUAAUUUAAAACUCCUUUGAAGGAAAAGCCUGAACCUAAUCAAAAUAAUACAAACAAUUCUAAUAAUAAUAAUAAUAAUAAUAAUAAUAAUAACAACAAUCAUAAUAAUAAUAAUGAUACGAACAGUCCGAGUAAUAUUUGUUUAGAAGUUAAAUAUGAUGAUCAAUUUUAACAUUAAAUUGAAUCUCCUUCAAAAUUAUUAAAUUUACUUACUCCAAAACAUUAAAAUAUAUAAUAAUCUAAUAAAAAAACUCCUAAUUUGUUAUCUGAAAACAAAAGCAUUGUUCAGCAUUCUUAAUUUAAAGAUAAUAUGAGUUUAAGUAAGCUGAAAUUUGAUACUACUCCUCUAAAAAAGAACUCAGCCUUUAAAUUCUAUAAUAAAUUUAAUUAGUAAUAGUAGCUUUGA